AUGCCUGCUGUACCAUUGACAAAACUCCCCUCAUCCGACGGUGUGCAAGAUGCAAAACUGGAAUUUUCCGGGUUUCCUAGCCCUCAACUUGCGCACUUGUGUGUUCGCCGCAGCGCCACGGGGCCCACCUCCUGGUCAGGCGGAGUGACCCUGUCGCCCGGGGGAAGUGCACUGCCGAGUCUCUCCAGCCCCGACGGCACUGCUCGGAGGGGAAACCUCAUCAGACCCCGCCUGCAGAGACCCGCUACCUCUAUUCCUUCAUGCCCCUUCCCCGCCGCGCCACCCCACCCCCGCCCCCGCUACUGUAGCAGGCCGGCCUCUGGGGCAACGCGCGCACGCAGCUGGCGUGGGACAACCCUCCCUCUACCCGGUUCCCACACCGGCUCCCGUUCCGUGGCGCCGGAACUUGGAGAGGCUUGCUUCGGCGUCCUAGAGACCCUGGCCCGGGCCCCUAGCCCGUGGACCCCGCCUCCCUGGGCGGGCCCCGGGCGGCUCCCGCGGCCCGCAGGGGGCGCGAGGCCCGGAGCGGCCCCUGGCUCGUGGCCCCCCACGCCCCGCCCCUUUCCCGCCCCUUUCCCGCUUUCCUCCACCCCCGGCGUGGGUGAUCCCGAGGCUCCGCGCGCUUUGGGGCAGAAACCCGGAGACGCCGUCGUCUAUGUCGUUACCGCUGGCGUUUCUAUUGCUCUCGGCCCCCUCAGCUGUCCCCCAGUUCGUGGCCCUAAGUCGGCUCUCCUGCUGAGCCCCGUGGGGUGCCGCGACGUUCCCCGGUAUUGGCAAGGCUGGGCCCCGGCCCCGACGCCGCGCGCAUCACGCCUAGCCGAACUGUUUGGACUCGCCACUCUUCUUUCCCGCUGUCUUCUUUCCCAGGACUGCUUCUUAGGGGGCCUCCGGCUUGCACACUCGCCCCGCGCCGGAGCGCUCCGGCCCGGCCAGGGAGCGGCCCCUUGUAGAGGUCCGAGGAGCCUAUCGCGGUCCAUCCCGGCGCCCGACCCUCCCACCGUUCGGCCACUGGCCCGCUUCUUCCUGAUGCAGACUGCCGUCCACUAG